UUGCGGCAGCCCCUCUCCCUCUCGUUGCGGCAGCCAUUGCGCUUGGGAAGCCCAUCCGCCGUCACCGGAGUCCAGUCGAACUGCGGUUUCCACCGUUGGCCGUCGCCAUCCGCUUCUCCCGUUUCGAAGGUGCACGCUUCGAAGAGGUUGAAAAUGGCUGGAGUUGUCGAAGCACAGAAUAGACAAGCUAGACCUGGACCACUUCCUCAACCCAGAGGUCCUCCCCCAACAGCUCGCUCACGUGAACCCAUAGAUCGUGAGAAGACUUGCCCUCUUUUGCUUCGAGUAUUCACUAAGGUUGGUGGGCACCAUCCAGCUGAAGACUUUGCGGUGAGAGGAAAGGAACCAAAAGAUGAGGUCCAGAUUUAUACAUGGAAGGAUGCUACACUUCGAGAACUUACUGACCUGGUCAAAGAGGUUUCUCAGGAAGCAAGGAAAAGAGAUGCUAAGCUCUCAUUUGCUUUUGUGUACCCGGACAAGAACGGCCGUUUUGUGGUGAGGCCGGUGGGUAUGACCUAUUCACAUGGAAACGGGAGACGACUGGAUGAUGCAAAGACGCUAGCUGAACUUGGCUUCCAGAUUGGAGACUAUUUGAGUGUUGCCAUCCUGUAGAGGAGAGAUUGUUUGGCUGGAGUGGAUACCUGUGUGUGAUGUGAUUGGCCCGGCAACUAUCUACUGCGACUUAGGGAGUGGGAAGAAUAAGGUAGGGUGAUAGGGCUGUUAUUGAACUCUUCUUCCAGCUGUUGUAGCUGUACAAAAUGCUAGCUUGUAAGAAUGCUUCCAAAUUUGUUAAGCUUCAAAAACGUAUUCGGUGGUUGGUUUAUGUGCUCAA